CCGAGACAACGUCAGCCACCUCAUGCUGUCUCAAUUCCUCUUCCUCUCACUCAUUGGCUUCCCCGCAUUCAACUGCCGGGCGCUAUCCGACAUUUGUCCCACAUUUGUCCCGUUUGCCCUGUUUGGUCUGUUUGCCUACCUUUCGGAAGCGGUCAACAACGGCAAGAGAAGGGCGCAUCCGAUGGGGCUGGGGAUUUCCCCUCAUCGACUCCCCAACUUCCGAAAGCUUGUUUCACUCCGACUCCUCGAAUUUGAGGGGAAUAUGGGGCUGUUUGACUCGUUCAUUUCACAGGAGAGAGCGCAUGGCCUCGAGUGGGCGUCCUGGCUCUGAGCUCCGAUGAUUGCAUCGG